AUGUCCUCACCACUCUCCGCUGAAGAUGAAGACAUCUUUGAGCGUCUCCAACAGCGAGCCGACCCGAAAGUACUUGAAGAGCAGCAGCAGGCCAUCAACGAACGAGUCCAUGCUAUCUACCAAAAGGCGCAGAUGCGUCUUGGAGAGCUGAUUGACCAGAACUCAACUCUUCCAUGUGCCAUAUCAUCGGUCCAAGUGCUUAAUGCGACUCAUACACGCAGAAGGUUCCUGCAAUCUAUAUUCGACCCACUUUUAAGCGUCAAUCAAUCGCGGCCCUAUACUCUCUCUGAGGCGUUGCGAGAGAUCUCGUCUCGUGCCGACAAGCUCGGGAAAUUCGACAUCUUUCAGCAACCGAUUUCAGUGUAUAUCGACCAGUCACAAGAUGCGAACUCGCAAAAUGGAAUACCCAACAUCGAUGUCUUUUUCUCUGUUAAGGAAAAGUCCCGUGUACUCCUGAAGACAGGAACUGAUCUUGGAAACACUGAAGGCUCGGCCUAUGGAAAUCUCCUCUGGCGCAAUGUUUUUGGUGGUGCAGAAACUCUCAACCUGAAUGCUUCUAUGGGCACUAGGACGAGGUCUGCCUAUCAAGCUGCUUUCGAAACCCCCAUUCUUAGCGAUCCGGAUUUCCGCUUCGAACUUGGUGGUAUUGCGAGUUCAACGCAAAAGUCAUGGGCGAAUCAUGAAGAAGUACUGAAGGGUGGCUGGAGUAAGCUCCGCUGGCUCAGCCAAUCCGGUCAUCGCCAUGAGAUCGGAUACAAUGGCUUCUGGAGACAGAUUACUGGACUGGCUGAGAACGCCUCGCCCACGGUCCGGGCUGAUGCAGGGGACAGUGUAAAGAGCAGUAUUUUCCACAGCUGGAUCGCCGAUCGAAGAGAUAAUCCUCUCCUUCCAUCCCGUGGUUACUACGCCAAGGCCUUCAACGAAUUGGCCGGAUGGGGUCCCCUGAAGGGAGAUGUCUCGUUCUGGAAAUCGGAGGUCGAAGCCCAGGGAGCAAUUCCCAUUCCAAUUCCCGGAAUCAAAGGUGACAGCGGUAUCAGCUUCACAACCGGUUUCCGUGCGGGUCUUCUGUAUCCUUUGGGGCUGGACUCUGAUUCCCGACCUCGGCUAUCUCGCAUCAAUGACCGCUUCGUACUAGGAGGCCCGACAGACGUGCGCGGCUUCCGCCUCUGUGGACUUGGUCCUCACGAUGGAGCCGAUGCUGUAGGAGGCGAUGUGUAUGCUGCGGGAAGUGCAAAUCUACUCCUCCCUCUUCCUCGAGUCGGUGCGGACAAGCCUCUGCGGCUGCAGGCGUUUGUGAACGGUGGCCGCCUGCUACCCCUGCGCACUUUGCAGAAGGAGGCUCCCACAAACAGCGCAGAAGUGAAGGACGCCAUGGCUGCUACGAUUUCAGAGCUAGGAAAUGGACUGCCUAGUGUUGCGGCAGGCAUUGGGCUCGUGUACGCCCACCCUGUUGCGCGAUUUGAGCUGAACUUCUCGCUCCCACUGGUGUUGCGGAAGGGUGAGGAGGGCAGAAAGGGACUGCAGCUCGGAAUCGGUAUCAACUUCCUCUACUAUCCCCAGCAACAGCCCUACGGGUCGCAGGCCUCUCCGCAGAAUCUCCAGUUUUAUCCUUCAUCAUACACCUCGGUCUCAGGCCAUACGACGCCGUCGCAAGCUACCUAUGGUGGAUUUGGCGGGCCCUCAGGCUCCACUGCUCAGGCAUAUCCCGUUGGAGGGGUCGGAGGCGGAUACGGUGGCUUUGGGUCCCCUGCGGCUGGCGUGAGUGGGAGGAUGGGUGAACAGGGCGGAUUAAGGACAGGAUGGCUGGCUGCCUUUGGCACGGAGGGCUAUGAAGGGGAGCCACCGCUAUUGGAGGAGCUGGGGGUGAACUUUGAGCAUAUCAGGACCAAGACUUUGACGGUGCUCAAUCCUUUUGCUCGCAUUGAUCAGCAUCUGAUGGACGACAGCGAUCUGUACGGGGCUCUCCUUUACAUCGUGCUCUACGGGACAUUCCUCCUCCUCUCCGGCAAGGUCUUCUACGGCUACAUCUACGGUGUCGCCGUCUUCGGUACCGUCGCCCUGCACCUGAUUCUUAGUCUUAUGUCGCCCGCUCUCGAUACCGCGUCGGCGCCCAAUGCCGCAGACCCGUCUAACUAUGACCCCCAUCACAAGCCUACCAUGUCCGACGCCUCCUCCGUCGGUCAUUUCUCUGCCACCUUGACGUUUCCCCGGUCAGCCAGCGUUCUCGGUUACUGCUUCCUGCCCCUGGUUUUGACCAGUCUUGUGGGGAUUCUGAUCCCGAUGGAUACUCUAUUCGGAUACUUGUUAACGACGGCCGCGGUCGGCUGGUGCACGUAUAGUUCCUCAGGGAUGUUCUGCGCUGUGGCCCGGAUGCGUGGUAUGAGAGGCUUGGUGGCCUACCCGCUUGCCCUGUUCUAUGUCGUCUUCGGCAUCAUGGGCAUCUUCUCGUCCCGAGGCAGUGGUACUCUGGCCGCUAAAACGGGCGCCGCUUGA